CCCUACCCAAGCGUCCGAGAAUAGUCCAACUCGCGUCACUCGCCGGUAACGCCAAAUCAUUCGCGACGGCUGCGACGCUUGAUUGCCUCCCGACCGGCGCCCGUCCGCCCCUUCUCUCCUGCGAUACGAUUCUUCCCAAGUUCCCGAAUCCCAGCUCUCCGGCCCUUCGACCCCCUUCCCUUCAGUGCAUUCUGCCUGCUGCCGUUCCUGGUUUGAUCAAUGCUCCUGUGGUAUUCAAUCAUCUAAUUAUGUAGGUCCAAAGUUGGCGGGUGUGUACUUCUCCUAAAAUAAAUGUUCUAUUGCGACAUUUGAGGGGUUUCUUGAACAAUGCUAGUGAGGCGUGCAUCUUGGAGCUAUGUGUCUUCUUCCCGCAGCUUCUCUUCGUUCAAGUCUACCACUUUUCUCAAGUGUGGGGAUGUUCUUAAGCAAGCUCAGGUAUUUACAGAUGAAGAUGUGCUUGCUUACUCUAGAAUGAGCCACGACACAAACCCUUUGCAUUUUGACCCUGAAUGGGCCAACGCUGCUGGAUUCAAAGACAGGGUUGUUCCUGGAAUGCUCAUUGCCUCCUUAUUUCCCAGAACCAUUGCUUCAAAUUUCCCAGGAGCUGUAUAUGUUUCUCAAACAUUACAUUUCAAGUUGCCAGUGUACAUUGGAGAGGAGAUAGUUGGCGAAAUAUGUACAACAAAUAUCAAGGAUUUGAAAACCAAACAUGUGGCCAAGUUCUCCACAAAAUGCUUCAAACAUGAUGGCUC